AGACCUAUCCCUACUAUGGCGGCACAGAGCUCACAGACCACCCGGAGACCUAUCCCUGCUAUGGCGGCCCAGAGCUCACAGACCACCCGGAGACCUAUCCCUACUAUGGCGGCACAGAGUUCACAGACCACCCGGAGACCAAUCCCUGCUAUGGCGGCCCAGAGCUCACAGACCACCCGGAGACCUAUCCCUGCUAUGGCGGCCCAGAGCUCACAGACCACCCGGAGACCAAUCCCUGCUAUGGCGGCCCAGAGCUCACAGACCACCAGUCAUUUUAAAGCACCAGCCAUGUGAGAUGGCUUAUCCACAGGUCCUGGUAUUAUCAUGUGAUCACACUCAUGUGUACUUAUAGAUUUUUGACCCUCAGUAAUUCAUUGAGUAACCAUUCCUUUAAUGACCCACCCGUCUUCAAAGACAUUUACCCAGACCCAAAAAGCAGCCCGAAGCUGAACUUGCAUUAACACUUCUCUGUGAUAUCAAUGAACAGACCUGUAUCUUUUGUUGAAUUGUACAGAAAAAGUCGUAUGCGCUAUUUUUAUAUGUGUAUUUGUAUGAUAGCAAUUUUCUGUCUGGUAAUCAAAUAAACACUUUGCCUCAGUCUUGAAUCGUUCAGCGUUCGCAGGUCUUAAUUGUUUUCACAAAUCUUGUUACCUAACAGCGCUUUACAUAACAGUGAUUACAUGUGGUUACAAUUAAACGAGGUUCAGUUAAUGCACCACCCUUCAUAGGUAUCAUACAGGAAAAACAAAAAAAGCUAUUAAAGUCUUCUCAUGUAGCCGCUAAUUUGAUGUGACAGCCAUGUGAUCAUACCUAUCAAUCUUCUGCUGUAGCGUGUGGCCCCGCCCUGAGAUGGGUGGUUCAGCUGGCAGCUGAGCCGUGCUUUCCCACACCUUGCCUGACAGCGUCUCAGAGCACCAGCCGAUUCCCUCGUGCCUCCCCGACAUGGAGCCGCAGAGCGGCCGCUUCUCGAGGUGCCACCGGGUGGGCAAGGUGAGGCGACGGGUGCAGGAGAUGCGUUAUAGAUCCUUCCUCGUGUCAGAGAUAGACCUGAGCCACAACGAGAGCGCCCGCCUGGCCACUGAUGCCCUACUGGGCCGCAGCCUGGAAGCCUAUCGCGAGGUCCUGGCGCACGAGCGGGAAGUGGACUUUCUGUCCCGGGAGGAGAAGGACUACAUCCUAAAGAACGCCAACGGUCCCAGAGAGGAUGAGGGGUGGAACCCGGAGUGGACAGACGCUUCCUCGAGGUCUUCUGAGAUGUACUGCCCUGACGUCGCGGAUACCAAGCCAACCGACUUUGAUCGCCGCUUUCCCGUCACUCAGGAGAGCUUCCAGCUGCGGGACCAGCCCACAGUGGAGGUGUUUCUUGGGUCCAAUAGAACGAGCAGCGUACGAGACUUGCUGCGUGAGUCCAUCAACAAGGCUACCACUGUGUUGGCAGUCGUGGUCGACGCUUUCAGCGACGUGGAGAUAUUCUGCGACAUCUUGGAGGCCACGGGAAAGCGCGGCGUGUUCACCUACCUCCUGCUGGAUCGCGAGAACAUCCAUCUCUUCGUGGAGAUGUGCCAGAAGCUGCAGAUCUCUGCCUCCCACCUGAAACGGCUGUCGAUCCGCAGCGUGCGGGGGGGCACGUACUGUGCCAAGUCUGGCAGGAAGUUCAGCGGCCUGGUCAAGGAGAAGUUUGUCAUCAUCGACCGCACCCAGGUUCUCGCAGGGUCCUUCAGCUUCACCUGGCUGUCCUGGAAGAUCCACAGGGGCGUCAAUGUCCUUGUCAAGGGCAGCAGUGUUGAGCCCUUUGACCUGGAGUUCCGCCAGCUCUAUGCCUCCUCUGAGCCCAUUCCCGGCAUUCCCGGGCAACCGGACCCGACCCACAGGCCUCUGCCCCCAAUCCAGGCCAUGCUCACGCCGAGGGCCCAGCCAAGCUUCUGGGCACCUUUAGUGCCACCACCUGUCCCCAUAUCGUGGUGGCCCAUCAUCCACCGACCGCUCAACUACGCCACGAGGGACCUGAGCUGGCAAAGCAUCCAUCACGGCCUGGUCCUGCCCGUAACCAGGCCUAACAGGCUGGCUCUGGGAUUUUAUCAUCCCUCACAAUGAGAACGCUCCUCAGUAACUGGUGAAAACUGGCACCAUUUCAACAGAAACGGUUUAUUCAUGCACGGCCGGUCAGCCACACAGUACGGGUCAGUAUGCAGCUAACUGCUAAUGACGCUGUAUUCAGGAAAGCCUGUAUUUACACAGCAUUCGGCAUUUAAGCAGCCGAGUGUGUGUGUGUGUGAGCCUGAGGUUUAGCUGGGUCUCGCUAGGAAUUUGGGGUCUUAAUGGGAACAACCUGCUUAUCUGCCAGACUCACCUACUACAGUGGCUAUGGAUGAAUCAAUGAAAAGUAUUUACUGAACAGAUUCUUUGUAGGUAAACAUGAAAAUGUAAUGCCACUGAUAUUGAAUACCGCAAAAAUUAGCAUAUUUGAGAAAAUAUUUUAUCAGCUGUGAAAAAAAUCCAUUUUGAAGGAAGUGGUGAUGUUACUUUAAUACUAAAUAUUUUUGCACAUUGCUGAGCAGAAAGCAGAUGGAAGGGAUCUCCAGUGUUUGACAUCCCCUCUCUUUUCUACUAACAUUAAAAAUGUUCUUUUAAGCAAA